CUAUUUAUACAUUAAUUCCAUUUGAGUCUUUCUCCAUUGCUUCUUGUUCACAUUAGUUUCUUGGAAAUCUUGUUUCUUUAUUCCGCAACUCUUCCUAGCCAUGGAGAAAGAAAAUUCUAAUGCUGCUGGUGAUUUCGAAACACCCAAAUCAAAUUUGUUUGUUGAUUCUGCCAUUGAUAGCCUUUCUUUUUCGGUUGAGAAUCUUUCGUUGAUCAAUGGCGACGGUUAUUCUUCUAUUGGAAGCAACAAUUCUUUGGCUUUUAAUGGUGAAUUUUCUGCAUCAAGAACCCAAGAAACUACUCCUGACAUUCAAGAAACUGGGUUAGAGAUGUCAAGAACACCAGUUCUAACACCGUUGUAUCCAGAUGGCAUCUGGGCAGUCAAUUAUUCAACAGUCAAUGCAGGAAUCCAUCUGAGCUCUUUUCAUGGUUAUCAUGACAUGAAUUUUCAAUCAAACAAUUAUGAUGGUGCAAGCCCCUCUGCAAUUCAAGAAAGUAACGAAAACUCUUGUAUGGUUAGUCAAGAUUUUAUCCCAAGUAUGCAGAACCAGGAGAGCUUUAUCAUGUUCGCUAGUACUCAACAAGGCUCGAAGCACCUUCAGGAUUUAUUGGCAUAUAGUAACUCUGAUUUUGCAAGUAAACUUCUAGAAACGGUUACAGCAUCAGUGGUUGAAAUCCCUGUAAUCAACUAUCUAAUGGUUGAUCAAUAUGGGUGUCAUGUCUGUUCAAAGCUGAUUGAUUCAUGUAAUGACAAACAGUUGGCCCUGAUUUUAGAGAGGAUAACCAGAAACGACGAACAGUUUGUUCAAAUAUGCUGCAACAUAAAUGGUUCAAAGAUGAUUAAGAAGUUGAUAAAGAAGGUGAAGAGAUCAUGCUUGAUAUGUUAUAUGACAGUUAGUCUAUACAAGGGAUUCUACCAGCUGGCGAUCAAUCAAAUAGGAUCAUAUGUUGUGGUUUUCUGCAUGGACUGCCUUGAUGUUAAGCAGAGUGCGUUACUGUAUGAAGCUGCUAUUUCACAUUGUCUUAUCUUGGCAACAGAUGCAACUGGAUGUGUAUCAAUAAACAACUUCAUUGACAGAAUCCAAGGUUCGCACAGGCAAACCCUCCUUGAAUUAAUCUCGGAUAAUGCGGUGUUCCUCUCACAGGACCCUUCAGGAAACCAUGUUGUGCAGAAAGUCCUAGAACUUGAAAACCCAAUCAUUAAUGCAAAAAUAGGCGCUCAGCUAAAGGGUCACUACGCCAGGCUAUCAUUUCAAAAAUGGGGCAGUCAUGUGGUCGAGAAAUGCUUGGUAUCACAACCGAUAGUUUACGUAGUUCAGGAUCUUCUAACUUGCGGCAGUAGCCAACUAUCGCAGAUUGCCAGAGAUCAGUUUGGUAAUUAUGUGAUCCAGAAAGCAUUGAAAGUUACUAAGAAGAAGAAUAUUACACUCCAUCUUAUACUUUUGAACAGCCUCAAGCCAAACCUCAAUGCUCUCCAGAAUGGAUACGGGAAGAAAGUUUACAGGUUGAUCAUGGAUGGGAUUCCAGUUGAUGAACAAGUUAAUGAAGGAUAAUGUGCAAUGCAAGAGUAUAUUUGCUGUCAAUAUGUUCUAGUUUUAGUGCGCUAUUUUGUUUAAUGGCUUCCACGUGUCGUAUGUAUAAGUGGGUGUUAACACUUCAGUUUUGUUGUUAAAGUUUAGAACUUGGUUUGGUUUUUUGCUUUGGG